GCACAUUAACUUUUGACCGGGGUCUGAAACAACUGCAGUAGCACUUUAAUGAUCGAAAGCCAGUGCAUGGAGUAAUUAACCCAAGAAGGUUCCCCAUAUUAGUUAGAUGGUAUCUGUAUUGUUGAUAGUUUUAGAGAAUUAGUGUGGCCAUUAUUUCACCACUCGUCCAUAAAGGACAGGACUGCCAAAGAUGGGACCCAGCUGCCAAAAACCGAAACAGGGGAUAUAAGCUGGGAGUUCUUUCUGUAUAGGGACUUGGGUGGAAGCCACGUACUAGGAGGCCGCGGAAACGCUGUCCGCUGGGCGAACUUUAUUAGUCCAGUGGACAUAGGUUAGUAUGGGUUCACAGCCAAGUAAAGGAAAAGAUCAUCACAAUUCACAGACUUUAGUUCGGGGUUUGUUAGAACAAGACAGAAAACCCCAGUUAAGUCCAGACACUGAAGAAGAUAUUCAGAUUCUUAAAUCACGGGGACUGCCAGAACCGAAACAAAACCACCAGCAGAGUCCAAACAGAAAAGAAGAUGGUCGUAAAUCAAAGGUUUCAAAUUUUGUGUCGCAAAAGCUGCAGGACGAUUACGCCUCCACCGUUGAUUCCCACGAUCCUUUGAAUUUAUGUAAAAGUGUAAAGUUUGAAGAAUUGUCUGUUGAAGACUUGGACAAAUCUUUCAGUAUUACGAAGUCUGAUGUUACGGACACUAGCAGCUGUGAGCAGAGAGCAAAAUCUGAACCCAAGUUGGAUGAGGAAAUUACGGAAGAAAAACAAUCAACUGCACGCAUUCCUCUGAGUUUUGAAGAUGUAAUGUCACCAUCACCGGAACCUUCGAAAAUGAUGGCCACCGCUAAUAACGCUGAAGAAACAUUUUCAGAUUCGGAGAGAGGAUACGCCUCGGAUCAAGACAAAAAUUGUGAUGAUCCUGUACCGAAAGAAAAGACGAAGAAGAAAAAAAUAACUAAACCACCAUACACUGCAGAAGAAGUCCAACAGAAGAAGGAAGAAAUCUUAACACAAACCAAAGAAUUGAUCAAUCUCAUCCUGUCGACUUCAGUAAAAACUGAAGAAGGAAAAAUCAAUUCCGAAUUUGUUCACAUUCUUCGCCGAUUCCUUCAGAUACUCGUUAAAGUCAGGACGUUGCUGAAAAGGAAAGCUCCUGCAGCAGAAAUUAAAAGUCUUAAGAUGCAAAUUGGGAGUGAAAUACACCAAGCGAAAGCUUUGGAUCCUGUUUGUGAUGUGAUGGUGUCUGCGUUAAGUGUGGAGGGCUUCACAGCUUCUCGAUAUCACGUUCUACACUUCCUGGUUCUUCUCAACUUCACUGACGCCUCACCGAUUGUUGCUGAAGAUAUCUGCAGGCAUCCUGGUUUUAUGGAGAUGAUGGCAGAUACAAUUACUGCGUGGGCUCAGCCGUGCAUUGAUAAGACAUUGACGACAACUAAAUUGAAUCUGUUGGAAACUAUGUUGGAUUUGGUGUACAACAUUGCGUCAGUCGACUCUAACAUUCCACAGUUACGCUCCCUGUCCUUCACGCAGGUUCUAUUUCCAUACCUGGACGCUCCCAAAGCGAGGUUACGUCUGAGCUCUAUCUCAUCAUUAGCCAACAUCGUCGAUGAGAAAGACUGUGAACUACUCAGAACGAGUUCUAAGAUAGUUUCUUUCUUGCUGGCUAAACUUGGCAAAGCACUGAGGAGUCCAAUACACAAGGAACUCGGCUGGUCAGCUCACGAGUUGUGUCGUACGGUAGGACGAUUGGCAAGAAAUGAUGCCAACAAAAGACUGCUUGUAGAAGAGGGUUGUCUCCCUUUGUUGGCUAAACUAGCAUUAUCGGACGAUCCCGACGAGGAGAGAGAGGUAUUUGGAGCGAUAUGGAUGCUGUCGUUCGACAGUGAAAACAAGAAAUCCAUAAUGGCUGAGCCGGACCUGAUAAAGACUAUAGUCGCUAGGUAUGAGCUUUGUGAUGUUCCCGAACUGAAGAAAUUACUCCAGGGUAUUCUGUGGACGCUGAGAGAAGAGCUCGCUCAGUCGGAGGAUUUUAAACUCGCUGGUGAAAGAAUCAACUGCAGAAAAAUGAAGGAUAAAGUCAAGAAAAAACCAAAGAAAUCGACACGAGAAGUUGGCAGUGUUUCUAUGGCAACCGGCCACAUAAUGAUCAGCUACCAGUGGGCCAAUCAGAGAACGCUGGUGCAGGUUCGCGACGCUCUCAGGGAGAAAGGCUUUGUCGUGUGGAUGGACAUAGACAACAUGGGCGGGUCCACGCUACAGGCCAUGGCAGAAGCCGUGGAAGAUGCUAUGGCCGUGCUCGUGUGCAUGUCGCUCAAAUACAAAGACAGUCUGAACUGCCGAGCAGAGGCAGAAUAUGCAUUCCAGCAACGGAAACGAAUAAUCCCCCUCAUGUUGGAGCAGGGCUAUCGACCCGACGGCUGGCUAGGCAUGAUUCUCGGGGCGAAACUCUUCCACGACUUCAGUGGGAAGUAUCCGUUUGAGCCGAAGAUGACUGGUUUAUUGAAGGAGUUGGCGCAGCUCAAGUCUGGAAAAUCAUCAACUGUUCCAUCUGAUGUGGUAGAUGCGCCGCCGAUAGAAGUCGAACAGAAGAAAGACGUUUUUCGUCAGCCUAAGCCGUCAGACCCUCACAAGAUUGAUGUGGCUUUAAUACAAACUUGGACCAGUAAAGAAGUCAAGGCGUGGCUACUAACGCACAGCAUCCAGAGUGAGCAACUCCAUAGGUUGGCAGGGAAGGAAGUGGCCUUUCUGAAGAAUGUAAAACAGGAGGCACCAGAGUUUUUCUACCACACGCUGAGAAACGACCUGGGUUUGAAAACUCUCAGUAGUCUGAUGGACUUCACCAACCUUCUGGAAAGUGUCACAUCUGAAAGAUAACAAUGUUAGCACUAUUCUCCAUUUGCGUUAGGAAGGAACUGAUGAAUUGACUUGCAACUCUAUAAUGAUGCAAACAGGCUAUAAACUGUCCAGUAGCCAGUGUCCUUCAGUUUUCCUAUAACCAGGUUCAUUGAGCUGGUGAAUAAAAUAUUAAUCAGGACAUUUUUUAACCGGGAUACCCAUAAAUGUGAUUUCCUGGAAGAAAGACUGGGUGUUAUAUAUUUGAGAGACAUUCAGACUCUGGUAGCAAAUAACAUGGUUUAAAAAUGAUGUGGGGCCAACCAGCCUCUGUGGUAUAGUGGUUAAGCAACCAGCCUUCAAGGCUGGUAGGUACUGGGUUCGCAGCCCAGUACUAUUUCCCACUCACAGCGAGUCUAUAAUGGCCAGAUGGGGAGAUAUAAGACCACUAUACUGUCUUCUUUCACGAAACACUUGCAACGAAAAAUUAACCCCAGUCCUAGGUAGAUAGCCUUGAUAUGUACCCAGGACAACGUGCUUGAACCUUGAUUGGAUAUAAGCAUUGAAAUGAAAUGAUGCAGGGAUUUUAGGUGAUCCCUGGUCAGCUGACUGCAGACUUUACACUGAUUUUAAACAUUUUGUUUGACCUAGAUUUCAAGGGACAUACCAGAUUGCUUGACCUAGAUUUGAAAAGAAAUACCAGAUUGACCUAGAGUUUUAGGGAAAUAUCACUGACCUAGAUUUGAAGGGAAAUACCAGAUUGUUUGACCUAGAUUUGAAGGGAAAUACCAGAUUGUUUGACCUAGAUUUGAAGGGAAAUACCAGACUUUGAUAGUAUAGUGUGAUCAUAUUCGGCACAGCUAUUGGCAGACAUGCUUUUGAAAAUACAAAAGUUAUCUCCAAGUCAGACUGGCAUAGGAUAGUCUGGUAAUGGAGGCAUAGAAAUGUGUUUUUUGGAAAGCUUUCAACCACCAAACAAGUGAGCAUUAACCAGUCAAAAUAAAUAAAGUUGGUUUUGUUUAACACUACCACUAGAGCACAUUUGGAUGUGAAAAAUGCAAUUCUGACACUUACUCUUCAGUGGUAACCCACUCCAUUUUCCACGUCCCAACCAGUACCCCAUAACUUGUAUAUUAAAAGCUGUGGUAUACACAAAUGUACAUGCAUGGUGUCCCAUUUGUAGGAAAGUCAUAUCAAAGAUCCCUUGACUGCUAGCAGAAAAAUUAAAUCGGUUUCCUCCAAGACUACAAUGGCGUAGCCAGCAUGAGGUGCCUCGUCUGAAAUUCCCCCAGAUUUAUUUUAUUUUUCCCAUUACACUAUUUAUUUUACAGGUCUGGUUUUGCCUCUGCGUUUUUUCCUCUCUGGCUAUGCCCCAGGACUAUAUGCCAGAAUGAUCAAAAGUUUGAAAUCCAACUGCUGAUGGUUAAUUAAUCAAUAUGCUCUAGUGGUGUCGAUAAAUAAAACAAACUUUUAACUUUAGUUACUCGAGUUUUAUGAUCCAAAUAUGCAUACCUUUGUUGUGAUUUUUGAAGAAAAUGGCAAUAUUUUUAAUAAGCAUUUAAUUUUCAACACAUUUGAAUUGUACAUGUUUAUUGUUCAUCAUUUUUCAUUUUUAUAGACCGACUUUCAUAUAUUGGUUGUUGAUUUUGUUAUAAAUUAAAAUGAUAUUUAUUUUGUUCAAUAACUUUUAAUGUGAUACUUAUGUUUUUUUAUAAAUAGUAUAUUAAGAUGAUUAUCUAUUUUAUUACAUACCUAUUUUCGACAUUUUCAAGCAUGUGAUAAAUUUAUAUAAAUUUAUUCUGCAUUGCACAUAUGUGCGAUCUGGACCGGAACUUUUAUAUGAGGAAUUCCCUUUUAUGUAAAUCCAUGAAAGGAGUAUUAAUCAUAGAUUUAAGAAAGUGUUGUUAUGACGUUGUAUUAAAAAACAUUUUUGUAAAGCAUAAUAGAAGGUAUGUAAUACGGUAAAUACAGAACUUCACAUACGUUGUUUUUGCUUCCUAUUUAUUGCACUGGUUUAUUUUGCUCAAGAACAUACCACGAGACUGCAUAGUAGCAGUCUCGUGGUAUAUAUUCUUGCACAAAAUAAACU